AAAAGGUGGAGGGGGAGGGGAAGAAAAUCAGUUGUUAAAGCUGCGUGUAGAAAUAAUGUCCUGGGUUUUAAUUUCGUUAAAACGAUCGCUGACCGACAGUCUGGAGUUGGUACAAUCAAACCGAGGCUGAGCUGGAAGCAGCAGAGAUUCACUUUUUUUUUCCACCACUGAAGGAAACACGUCGCCAGGGAGGAAAAAAACACCAGCCACUAAAGCAUCUGAUAGUCUGGCUUUUAUGUUUCCAGAAGUGUCUUCGAGAUGUCCACGAAAGCAGAGCAGUUUGCUUCUAAGAUACGAUACUUGCAAGAGUAUCACAACCGUGUGCAACACAAUAUUUACCCUGUGCCCUCCGGAACAGACAUUGCAAACACAUUGAAAUACUUUUCCCAAACCCUGCUCAGCAUUCUGUCCCGCACAGGCAGGAAGGAGAACCAGGAAGCUUCCAAUUUGGCCGUGCCCAUGACCAUGUGUCUUUUUCCUGUGCCAUUCCCACUCACCCCAUCUCUAAGACCACAAGUCAGUUCCAUCAACCCUACAGUUACUCGCUCCCUCCUUUACAGCGUUCUGCGCGAUGCCCCAUCAGACCGCAGGGGGCAGGGGCAGCAGAGUCGGGACGCUCAGCUCUCAGAGUACCCCUCUCUGGACUAUCAGGGCCUCUAUGUGACCCUCGUGACCCUGCUUGACCUGGUGCCCCUGCUGCAGCACGGUCAGCAUGAUUUAGGACAGUCCAUAUUUUACACCACAACCUGCCUCCUGCCCUUUCUCAGUGAUGACAUUCUCAGCUCUUUGCCAUAUACAAUGAUCUCCACAUUAGCCACAUUCCCCCCUUUUCUCCACAAAGACAUCAUUGAGUACCUGAGCACCUCUUUCCUCCCCAUGGCAAUAUUGGGCUCCACGCGAAGGGAAGGUGGAGUCCCAGCCUAUGUCAAUCUGUCUGCCUCGUCCAUGCUCAUGAUUGCAAUGCAGUACACCUCAAACCCUGUGUAUCACUGUCAGCUGUUGGAGUGUCUAAUGAAGCACAAACAAGAAGUGUGGAAGGACCUACUUUAUGUCAUAUCCUAUGGGCCAUCCCAAGUAAAGCCUCCAGCUGUGCAGAUGCUGUUUCACUACUGGCCCAACCUCAAGCCACCAGGAGCCAUCAGUGAAUACAGAGGGCUACAGUACACUGCUUGGAACCCCAUCCACUGUCAACAUAUCGAGUGCCACAAUGCCAUCAAUAAACCUGCUGUCAAGAUGUGCAUAGAUCCAACACUUUCUGUUGCCCUGGGAGACAAGCCCCCUCCCCUUUACAUAUGCGAAGAGUGCAGCCAGCGGAUAGCAGGAGACCACGCUGAAUGGCUUGUUGACGUCCUCCUCCCCCAAGCUGAGAUAUCUGCAAUUUGCCAAAAGAAGAACUGCAGCUCUCAUGUCAGGAGGGCUGUGGUCACCUGCUUCUCGGCCGGCUGCUGCGGGCGUCAUGGCAACCGGCCUGUCCGCUACUGCAAGCGUUGCCAUGCCAACCACCACAGCAGCGAGGUGGGGGCUGCAGCUGAGACCCAUCUGUAUCAGACCUCGCCCCCUCCCAUCAACACCCGGGAGUGCGGCGCGGAGGAGCUUGUGUGCACUGUGGAGGCUGUUAUAAGCCUCCUCAAAGAAGCAGAAAUCCACGCAGAGCAGCGUGAGUUUGAGCUGAACAGGCGGCGUCAGAUGGGCCUGUCCGCCUCGCACCACUCUCUGGACAAUAUCGAGUUUGACAACAAAGAGGACGACCAGCACGACCAGCGCCUCCUCAGUCAGUUUGGCAUCUGGUUCCUGGUGAGCCUGUGCACACCCAAUGAGAACACUCCCACGGAAAGCCUGGCUCGGCUGGUCAGCAUGGUGUUCCAGUGGUUCCACUCCACCGCCUACAUGAUGGGCGAUGAGGUUGGGAGCCUGGUGGAGAAGCUAAAGCCUCAGUUUGUCACAAAGUGGCUCAAGACAGUGUGUGAAGUGCGCUUUGACGUCAUGGUCAUGUGUCUGCUGCCCAAACCAGUUGAGUUUGCUCGGGUGGGAGGUUACUGGGACAAGUCGUGCAGCGCCGUCACCCAACUAAAGGAGGGUUUGAACCGCAUACUGUGCCUCAUACCUUACAAUGUCAUCAGCCAACCACUGUGGGAGUGCUUCAUGCCUGAGUGGCUGGAGGCUAUUCGCACUGAAGUGCCCGAUGUUCAGCUGAAAGAGUUCCGUGAAGUGCUCAGCAAGAUGUUUGAUAUCGAACUGUGUCCCCUGCCCUUCUCCAUGGAGGAAAUGUUCGGCUUCAUCAGCUGCAGAUUCUCAGGCUACCCGGCGUCUGUGCAAGAGCAGGCUCUGCUGUGGCUGCAUGUGCUCUCAGAGUUGGACAUUGUGGUGCCACUUCAGCUGCUUAUCGGGAUGUUUUCUGAUGGCGUGAACUCUCUGAAGGAGCUGGCCAAUCAGAGGAAGACUCGGGCUUCAGAUCUGAACGGCAACAUGGGCGCACGCAGGGUGAGUGUGGUGUCAGAUCCAGGAUGGCGUGCACACCAGAACACACUCAGCCCAUUCCCCAGCCCGUUCCGAAGUCCCCUGCGCUGCAGCCCCUUUAAAAACCUGGGUCACGCCACGGGCCACUGUGCCUUGGAUCUGGACUGUGACGAUGAUGACAUGAACCUCGGCUGCUUCAUCCUCAUGUUUGAUCUCAUCCUGAAACAGAUGGAGCUUCAGGACGACGGUGUGAUGCUGGGUCUCGACAGCAGCUUGGGAAAAGAUAUUGUAGGUAUCAUCAACAAUGUUUUCCAGGCCCCGUGGGGGGGCUCACACACCUGCCAGAAGGAUGAGAAGGCCCUGGAGUGUAGCUUGUGCCAAUCCAGCAUCCUGUGCUACCAGCUGGGCUGUGAGCUCCUGGAGAGGCUGACCCCCCGGGAAGAGAUACAACUGGUGGAACCCACUGACAUUUUGGAGGAGACUUUGCUCGUACCUCCACCACAGUUUUCCAUUGGCACAGACAAUGGAAGUGAGGAAGGAGAAAAUCCAAGUGGCACAAACAGUGAUAACUUCAGCAACCAUUCUCCAGAGAAUGCACCAACGAAGAAUAACUCUGAUAAGAAGUUCUCCUACCAGCAGCUCCCAGUGUCUUUGAAGCUUAUCUACACCAUUCUGCAGGAAAUGUCUAAGUUCGAGGAGCCUGACAUCUUGUUCAACAUGCUGAACUGUCUGAAGAUCCUGUGCCUCCAAGGAGAGUGUUUGUACGCCGCCCGUAAGGAUCACCCCCCCUUUCUGGCCUACAUCCAGGAAAAGAUGCUCAUCCCAUGCCUGUGGUCCAUGUUGAAGUCAGAGUUCUGCCAGCUGGCCUCUGUGGCUGUGCCUCAGCUCCUGCACGCCCUCUCUCUGCCUCACGGGUCCAACAUCUUCUGGACCCUCAUCAACACCAAUUUCAACAGUACAGACUGGAAAAUUCGAUUUGAAGCAGUGGAGAAGGUGGCCGUGCUGUGUCGGUUUCUGGACAUUGAAGCAGUGAUGAAAAACCACUUGCUGAAAUACUCUUUAGCUCACGCUUUCUGCUGCUUCCUGGUCUCUGUGGAGGAUGUCAACCCGGCAGUGGCCACCCGGGCCAGACUUCUGUUGGACACCAUCAAGAGGCCGGCUCUGCAGGGCCUGUGCCUGUGCAUGGACUUCCAGUUUGACACCGUCGUCAGGGAUCGACCCAUCAUCCUCAGCAAGCUUCUGCUGCUGCACUUCCUGAAGGAGGACAUUCCUGCGCUCAGCUGGGAGUUCUUUGUCAACCGCUUUGAGACGCUGUCUCUGGAGGCUCAGCUGCACAUGGACUGCAACAAGGAGUUCCCUUUCCCAACUACCAUCACAGCUGUGCGAACCAAUGUGGCCAACCUCAGCGAUGCAGCAUUGUGGAAGAUCCGCCGCGCACGUUUCGCCAGGAACCAGCAGAGGAGUGUGCGUUCCCUCCGUGACAGUGUGAAGGGUCCAACAGAUAGUCAAAGGACAUUUUCACUCCCAGAGUCGCUAAGCAACAAACUUCCCCCUCUUUCAGGUCAGACCCCGUCUCCAGAGGACGACUCCAUCAUCAGAGACCUGCUUCCUGAGGAUGCCAGCAUAGAUCACCAGACAGUCCACCAGCUGAUCAUGGUGCUGAUGAAAUUCAUGUCCAAAGAUCACAGCAGCGCGGAGCUCGAUAUCGGAAGCGCCAAGGCUUUCAACACCGUGAAGCGUCACCUGUACGUGCUGCUGGGCUACGACCAACAGGAGGGAUGCUUCAUGAUCGCACCCCAGAAGAUGCGCACCUCCACCUGUUUUAACGCCUUCAUUGCCGGCAUCGCACAGGUGAUGGACUACAAUAUCGGUUUGGGGAAGCAGCUACUCCCCCUGGUGGUCCAAGUGUUGAAGUACUGCACUUGCCCCCAGCUGAGACACUAUUUCCAGCAGCCACCCAGAUGUUCUCUCUGGGCUCUGAGGCCACACAUUCGACAGAUGUGGCUCAAAGCUCUGCUAGUCAUCUUAUAUAAGUACCCUUACAGAGACAUGGAAGGUAGUAAAUUGGUCCUGCACUUGGUCCACAUCACCAUUAACACCCUGAAUGCACAGUACCACAGCUGCCGGCCGCAUGCCACAGCAGGGCCGCUUUACAGUGACAACUCCAACGUCAGCCGCUACAGCGAGAAGGAAAAAGAAGAGGACAGUGUGUUUGAUGAGUCAGACGUCCACGACACACCAACUGGUGCUGCCAACAAGGAGUCACAGACCUUCUUCGCCCGUCUGAAGAGAAUUGGUGGUAGCAAGUCUGUAAAGUACCAGCCUGUAGAGCUGAACGCCAAGAGAAGUGAAAUUGAGCUGUCAGAGUACCGUGAAGCCAGUGCCUUCCAGGACAACAUUCUCCAGUGUGUGCGGGAGGAGAGCACCAAGAAGAAGAGGCUACAGGCCAUACAUAAGCAGAAAUCCCUGGACAUGACCAACACAGACUCCAACCUGUUCAAUCGGGACGAGCAUCGCCGCAAGUCCUGCAUUGGCCGCUGUGACGUGCAGGCGGCGCCUGUUGUCCUGCCCAUAUCUGCCACCGCAUCUCACACCAGGUAUCAUGGCAAAGUAUCAUCUGAUGUUUCUUCUAACCGGGUUGAGGGCAGCGAGACGGUGGACAGGCGCGGCUCUCGAGAAGGUCACUCUGACACUUCCAAACCGGUCAUCCCAGAGGUGCGUCUCAGCUGCAUGGAGACAUUUGAGGACAAAGUGGACCAGGGUUCUCGUGAAGGAUCAACUCAGGAGAAGGAGGACCUAGACCUCAUUGACCUCUCUUCUGACUGCACAUCCAUUCCAGAGAAACAUUCACUGCUCUCCAUGUCUGACAGCGAUUCUCUAGUGUUUGAGCUGCUGCCUCCUCUGAGGAUUGUGGAGAGUGAUGAGGAAUUUGAUUUUGCCACUAUCAUUGGCUCGAAGUUCAAUGGGAGUCCCAAGAUCUCCGCCUCUCCUGCUAGCAGCAACACGUUAAGACUCUCUCCUGUGGUCCAAGUGAGUGUGGAGGACUGUUCCAAAGAACUUCUAGAGACAGAGGGAGGUGCAGACCAACUAUCAGUGGACAAGAAGCUGAACCUUGGUACUUCCAGUACUUCUCUAGAUGUCCCUGACCGACUGCACAACAUUACCAACGAAAGCCAUUUGACCCUGAAACAGAAAAGAGACCUGCUGAGGAAAACCCCACACGUCCCUGACAACUCACUGGAUGAUGUAUAUAUUACUCCUGAGGAUUUCCAGAGUGGAACAGCACCUUCUGGUGACAGCCUCCACUUAGACAUCCCAGAAGACAAAACAGAACCCCUUUCCUCACCAGAAAAAAACAAGAAUAACAGCAACGAUGAAGAAGAAGAUGGUGACGAUGAGCUGGAUGAUGACAUGGGUGACGAAGCGGACAAACCCGAAAACGCCGAAGACAACGACGAGGCCGAGUUCAAAAUACAGAUUAUUCCUCGGCAACGGAAACAGAGAAAGAUAGCGGUCAGUGCCAUCCAGAGGGAAUACCUGGACAUCUCUUUUAAUACUUUUGACAAACUGGCUGACGAGCAGAACACUGACGCCGAUCACAAAAUUAUAUCAACUUUGGAAAAGCCGCGAGAAUCGGCCUCGGCACCAACGCUUGAAGCGGAUUUGCCUGAAACGAGCCACCGCUCAUCAAUAUCAACCCAGUAUCGCCAGGUGAAACGAGGCUCUCUGGGUGCUCUGACCAUGAGCCAGAUAAUGAAGAGGCAGCUGGAGCAUCAAUCCAGUGCCCCGCAUAAUAUCAGCACCUGGGACACGGGUCCAACGAAAACUAGUCUCCUCUCUGCACCGAGCACCGUCAGUAUGUUCGUCCCUGCACCUGAGGAGUUCAUUGACGAGCAGCCAACCACGAUGUCUGACAGGUGCCGGGACUGUGCGGCCGUGCUGGAGGAGUACGAUGAGGAGACGCUCAGCCUUGCAGUUGUGGUUCUUUCCAUGUUCAUCCACCUGAGCCCGGAUUUGGCCGCAUCGAUGCUUCUGGACAUCAUGCAGUCUGUGGGCAGGUUGGCAUCUAGCGCUAAUUUUUCUGGACAAGCUGAGAGUAUGCUGAUUCCAGGGAACGUGGCAGGUGUAGCCAAGCAGUUCCUCCGCUGCAUGUUCCACCAGCUGGCCCCGAACGGCAUCUUACCCCAACUCUUCCAGAGUAACAUCAAAGAUAGAAGUUUUCUGAGGACACUUGCUUCUUCGUUGGUUGACUUUAAUGAACUGAGUUCAGUUGCCGCUCUCAACAUGCUGCUCGAGGGAUUAAAUAACAAGAAGAAUCUGCCAGCAGGAGGAACUAUGCUGCACUGCCUUGACAACAUUGCCACCUUCAUGGAGGCUCUCCCCAUGGACUCCCCCAGCAACCUAUGGACAACCAUCUGCAACCAGUUCCAGACUUUCCUCACCAAACUGCCCUCUGUGCUUCCUCUGAAGUGUCCCAUGGACUCCAGUUUGAGGAUCAUAAUUUGUCUUUUGAAAAUCCCCACCACAAAUGCAACGCGGAGUCUGUUAGAGGCCUUCUCCAAGCUGCUGAGCUUUGUCAUCCAGUACGGCAUGUUCAGUCUCUCCUACCUUGUGGAACUAUGUGGACUUUGUUAUAAGGCCUUCAAUAAGGAGAGAGAUAAGUUCUACAUGUCCCGCAUUGUGGUGUUAGAGCUUCUACAGGCUCUCAAGUUCAAGUCUUGUCUGCCAGAUACAAACUUGUUACUGCUCAUCCAGUGGUGA